CUAAACAACAUGGCACCGUCAACACACGUUUUUAUGAUGCGGAACAUAAUUCACCAUCGCAACGUUGGAACAAACCAGCAACUUUUGGACCAGCAACUGCAUAAAGGCCUUAAAUUCCACCACAUGCACACAAUUGCCCUGAAUGAAGUAGGACAAGCUGUGUUGAAAGAGGCCUUUCUGUCAUCUACUGUUCAAUCCUCCACUGAUUUGCUGCAGGAAAGAUCUUUUCAGUCUUCAUCUGACAUGGGAAAUGUCCAGUGUGGAUUGCAAUGCGAAGCGCUCACAACAUUUGGUAACAUAAAAGCCUGUAGAAGUUCAUGGACACUGGGAAAUCACCCUAAUCAAGAGAAACUGCUGUCCUAUGUCCUGGACUCUGAAAGGCCAGGAAAUGAGCUCAGUCAGGAUUGGAAAAACCUGUUUGACAAGAGAAGACUUUCUGUCCUUAGGCACGUCCCAAGACAUGGAGGCAACCAUUGGAAAUUGCUGCUUUGAACUGAUAACGGAAAUGGCCAAAUCAUGUGGGAAAGACAUUUUCAUCGUUGACCUGUACGUUGUCCCAACCUGGCUGCCACCACAUAAUUGUGACCCAAUGCUCAGCCUGCCUGUAAGUAAACAAUAUAAAAACACAUACUUUGCAGACUACAGUCUAGGCACAGUGGUUUAUGCUUUUUAUGUUUUCAUUUCUAGAAUG